AUGCCAAUGCUCUCCGUCCAGCCCAAAGGGAAGCAGAAGGGCUGUGCAGGCUGUAACCGCAAGAUCAAGGACCGCUACCUGCUGAAAGCGCUCGACAAGUACUGGCACGAAGACUGCCUCAAGUGUGCCUGCUGUGAUUGCCGGCUGGGCGAGGUGGGCUCCACCCUCUACACCAAGGCUAACCUCAUCCUGUGCCGACGUGACUACUUGAGGCUUUUCGGCACUACUGGGAACUGUGCUGCCUGCAGCAAGCUGAUCCCAGCCUUUGAGAUGGUGAUGCGGGCCCGGGACAACGUGUAUCACCUCGACUGCUUUGCCUGCCAACUCUGCAACCAGAGAUUUUGUGUGGGAGACAAAUUCUUCCUGAAGAACAACAUGAUCUUGUGUCAGAUGGACUAUGAGGAGGGGCAGCUCAAUGGCACCUUUGAGUCCCAGGUUCAGUAA